GUUAACUUGUCGAAACCAUGGCUAUCACGAUCGAUGAUGCCUCCACCACAGACACCUCUCCACUGCAGCCCUUCAGCCACAAUGCCGCCAUGCGUCCGCUGCACCGCUUCACGGCAUCCAAGGAGUUCUCCUCGGCCUCUCCAUCCUGCAGCAAUAACUUUACGAAAGGCGUCAAGGUCUCGCCCGACGGUCUCUGCCUACUCACCAACAGUGACGAUCACGUCCUGCGUCUCUUUGAAAUGAGCAACGCGUCCGAUAGCACAAGCCUAUUGCAGGCCAAAGAGGGUGGCACAGUGUACGACUACGAAUGGUAUCCAUUCAUGUCAUCAGCGGACCCAAACUCGUGCAUUUUCGUUAGCACCAGUCGAGACCAACCAGUGCAUUUAUGGGACGCCUACACAGGCGAGCUCCGAGCUUCCUAUCGAGCUUUCGAUCAUAUGGACGAGCUGGCGAGCGCUCAGAGUCUGGCGUUCAAUUCCACAGGCACUAAGCUCUUCGCGGGCUUCGAUCGGAUGAUCCGAUUCUUCGAUCUCUCACAGCCCAGUAGGGACUUCAGGGCGAGACCACUGAGCAAGACUCGACGCUCGCGUAAAGGCCAACGAGGACUGAUCAGUACGCUACACUUUAAUCCAGACCACUCUAAAAUUUAUGCUGCUGGAUCGUACGCGGGCACUACGUGUGUGUACACGGAAGAUGAAGGAGAAGAGCUACUGGCACUGCGCGACCAUGACGGUCGUGGGAUCUCCCAGGUAAAAUUUUCUCCGUGUGGGAGGUUCCUGUUUACGGCUGCUCGACGUGAUGCACGCAUUCACUGCUGGGAUAUCCGUGCUACGAACGAGAUCCUUCACACGUUUAACCGUGUGGCUGACACGAACCUGCGAAUUGAGUUUGACCUGCACUGUGGCGGCAGGUAUCUAGCUACGGGUAGUCGAACGGGUCGCGUGAUGUUGUAUGAUGUGCUGACUGGUGCUCUGCUGGACGAAAGCAUUCGCUUGCCUGACUGUGCCAAUGGAGUAUCAUUCUUCCCAGACCCGACUAGAGCGAUGCUUGCGGUUUCCAGUGGUCAGAGGCAUUAUGAUCUGCCUGAAGACAUGCAGGAUGAGGAUGAGGCCGUUGCCGACGGAAUUGACGUAGAUAUGAAGACGGCAGUGAACUCACAGGUGCGCAACGUGCUGCAGGUUUAUGACUUCCAGAUGCCUCAAGGCCAAGCAGUUAAGGGCACUGCGUCCGAAGCUCAUAAACAAGCAUAGCACAAAGCUGAUCGAUCAUCUUGAUGCGCUAAUUACGGGGAAGUUAAAUAAAAUCAUCGUCGGCUCACAUUGUUCAGUUGAGACGCACAAAUUUUUACCUCGCCUAGCGAUUUCUGCGUUUAAUAUUAUGG